CGACCGUUCAUCGAACUGCCUCAACUGCGGUUGACGCCCCGACAGCCCCCGCUCUCCUCCGAGACCUGGCAGAAGCACCUGGAUCGUGAGGGUCGUGUGACCGUCAUUCACAAGCUGCAGGCUGAAAUCUUCAAUGGCUCCUUCAAACUGCUUGAUGCGUUGUACGUCAACAAGGCAACUCUGAUCCGGAACUCUCGCCUUCGCGAACCUUAA